UCGUAGUUGUCAAACUCCGCAAAAUGGCUGCGCUCCUGGGUUUUCGUGCGUGCCUGUCCGCUCUGCAGUUGACCUCCCCCGGUUUACUGCACAGCUCCUAUAAACUGUGUGCAGUUCCUCUAAAUCGGAGGAAUUUUGCUGCGGAGGCGAAGAAGGUUUUCUCUCGUGAUAAACCCCAUGUGAACAUCGGCACCAUUGGUCAUGUAGACCACGGCAAGACCACCCUUACGGCCGCUAUCACCAAAGUUCUUGCUGAGGCAGGUGGUGCGCGUUAUAAGAAAUAUGAGGAUAUUGAUAACGCUCCAGAGGAGAAAGCAAGAGGAAUUACCAUCAACGCCUCGCACGUUGAAUACACCACUGCCAACAGACACUACGCACACACAGACUGCCCUGGACAUGCAGACUACGUCAAGAACAUGAUCACAGGAACGGCUCAGCUUGAUGGCUGCAUCCUGGUGGUGGCCGCGACCGACGGUCAGAUGCCUCAGACCCGUGAGCACCUCCUGCUGGCGCGGCAGAUCGGUGUGGAGAACGUCGUGGUGUUCGUGAACAAAGCCGAUGCCGUCGAGGACAAGGAAAUGCUGGACCUGGUGGAGCUGGAGAUCAGAGAGCUGCUCACAGAGUUCGGCUACGAUGGGGAAAACACUCCCGUCGUGAUCGGAUCAGCACUCUGCGCUCUGGAGAACAGGGAUCCGGAGCUGGGUAUUAAUGCUGUGAUGAAGCUUUUGGAGGUGGUGGAUACGUAUAUUCCUUUGCCAAAGAGAGAACUAGAGAAGCCAUUCUUGCUGCCUAUAGAGGGAGUCUAUUCUAUUCCAGGUCGUGGGACUGUGGUCACUGGCACACUAGAGCGAGGUGUGAUCAGAAAAGGGGAUGAGUGUGAAUUCAUGGGACACAGUCGUUCUUUCAAGUCCGUCGUCACUGGUAUUGAGAUGUUCCAUCAGUCACUGGACCGGGCGGAGGCGGGCGAUAAUCUGGGUGCUCUGGUCCGCGGACUGAAGAGAGAGGAUGUUAGAAGAGGUAUGGUGAUGAGCAAACCUGUAUCCAUCCAGCCACACCAGAAGGUCAAAGCUCAGGUCUAUGUUCUGAGUAAAGAGGAGGGUGGUCGCCACAAACCGUUCGUCACAAAUUUCAUGCCCGUCAUGUUCUCUCUCACAUGGGACAUGGCCUGUCGAGUGGAGCUUCCUGCGGGCAAGGAGAUGGUAAUGCCGGGAGAGGACACGUCAUUAACUCUGACCCUCAGACAGCCCAUGGUUCUUGAUAGAGGUCAAAGGUUCACGCUCAGGGAUGGCAACAAAACCAUCGGCACGGGUCUGGUCACAGAUAUCCUCACCAUCGUAGAUGAGGACAAACACAACUGGGGCUGAGCGAGGACAGAGGUGUCGUAAAGAGAUGAGAAACAGGAAGAUCUUUGAGACUUUGACCAUUGAAGCCCUUCGGGACUCAUGUUCUAGAAAUGUUGCAUUUUGGCUCUGUGUAUUAAAAAAAUAAUGCAAUUAGCAAAAUAUAUUCGUUUGCUAAGGGGGGGGGUGUAUUUGCCCUGAUUGCUAAUGUCAUCGCAAGCCCUUAAAAUACUUGAACUUUCAUCCCAUCAACUUUCAAAGAAAUGCUUUUCCCAGAGUACAAAAAAGUCAGCUGAGAAAUUCUAUUCAAUAUGUUUGAAUGAUCCUUGUCCAUGUAAAUAUACAAAUUGUUUGAAAUACGAUUGACUUUCUGUCUUGAGCUGUAGAUUAUUAUUUACAAGACAAGGCACAUUUGCAAAAGGCUCAGACUGUAACUGGCUUUUCAUUGAAUCCUCUUGAUUUAGACACGCAUACAUUUGAUUCUUUGCUGUCUGGUUUCCAGUCAUGAUAUCUGUCUAUAAAAUGAUACAAAUGUGGCUCAUGUAAUAAAAUGUAUUUAAUAGA